AUGUCCUUCCUCGUGGAACACGCGAAGCAGGCUAUCACGGACAAGCAAACCAAUGUUGUGAUCUUCUCCGCCACAGCCAUUGCACUGUACGGCUACGACCAGGGCAUGAUGUCCCUGAUCAACACCAACAAACACUACCUUUUCACCAUGGGGUUGGCUGAAGAAUCGCCCAUGGUCGGUGUCAUAGUAGCAGUAUACUACCUCGGUUGCGCCGUGGGCGCCGUCCUCUUUUCCAAGCUCGCCGACGCCUUAGGCCGCAAGAAGAGCAUCUUCUUCAGUCUCGCAACCGCUAGUUUGGGCAACGGCAUCAUGUUUAUCGCAGGCAUGGGUAUGCUGGGAAAGAGCAGCUCCAUCGCAUUAGGCGUCAUGUUAACCGGUCGUGUGAUUAUGGGCCUGGGUGUAGGAGGCAUCGACGCUGUCAUCCCCACGUACUCGAGCGAACUCAGUUCCGACGAUUCUCGCGGCAAAGCGCUAGCUCAGGAGUUCCAAAGCAACAUCUUCGGGCUCGUCAUGGCGUUUGGAAUCAACUUGUUCGUCACCAUUCUCCUCGGCAAAUGGAACGAGUGGGCAUGGCGAAUUCCGAUCAUCGUCAUGCAGGUUUAUCCCGUGCUGCUCAUGGCGUUUGUGGAAAGGUUGCCCGAGUCGCCAAGGUGGUUCAUCUUCCAUGAUAGGCAGGAUGAUGCCAAAGAGGCGCUGAGCGAGAUUUAUGGGGAUGAGGGCAAAGAAAAGUUUGAUGAGUUGCUUGAGCAGCAUGAGAAGGAGAAGGAUGAGAAGGUCGGGUAUUGGGAGAUGUUGACACCGGGACAUCAGCAGUUCCAUCCUACCAUGAUGACGGUUAUGUGCCAGGUUAAUCAGGCGUUGACGGGUUACGGGGCGGUUAGUGUGUAUGGGCCGCAGAUUUUUGAGCUUCUAGGCUUCUCAGUCCGCAACUCGGAAUACCUGACGCUCGGAAACUACACCUCCUACUUCUUCCUCAUGACACUCGCCUGGCUCCUCAUUGAUGCCCUCGGCCGCCGCAAGCUCCUCAUUCACGGCUCCACUAUCCUCUCCACGUCUUUCGCACUCCUCGCUCUCUUUGGCGGCCUCGUAGCAAACUCAUCGGACUUGCACAUCCCCGUCCUCAUCCCCGGCAUCAUCGGAACUGUCAUUCUCUUCGUCGCAACCGGCGCUUUUGGAAUCGGCUGGCUCUCUACCGUCUGGCUGUUCCCCACCGAGGUCUUCCCCACGACUGCACGCGCCCAGGGCACCGCAAUCUCCGUUAUCAUUUGGGGUCUUGCUAACUUUGGAAUCACAUUCCUCACGCCUGUGCUGUUCAACAACCUGGAUUAUUUUAUCUUUUUGGUGUUUGCAGCGACGAAUGCGUUUGCGGGACUGUGGACAUACUUCUAUCUGCCUGAGACUGGGGGUCGGACGUUUGAUGAGAAUAUGGAUUUCUUCAAGGAGGCCGCGGAGCAGGGGACGUGGAGGGUCGCCAAGGUGGGCAAGGGCGAGUGGAAGAAGAUGCUUUACCCGGACCCGGAGGGCGAGGGCAAUGUAGAUGCUGAGAGGGUGCCGUUAUUGAGGAGGGUUGAGGAUCAGGUGCCGAGUGUGGAGUAA